AUGUGGAGUGGGCUUCAGAAGAGACUGUGGCAACAUCAUGGUCCCAAUUUUUCACUAUAUAUACAUGAAAUUUGGAGACGAGCAGAGCUCAGCAGAGCCUUCACACACUGGGAUGUGGCUACAGAGUUAAUUAUGGAUAUCAAUCCUUUGCACUUAAGUGAAGACUUUGAAAAACACAUCAAGUUUAGAAAGAUAAUUUUGCAUGGAGCUUCGGUAAGUGGACUUAUUUCAGCUUUUCUGGGCACAAAAAUGCUUGGGUCAGGCUGUGUGUUUCUUUCCCAGGAAUUUAAAUUCCCAGUUCCUUUAUAUAUUGGAGAAGUGGUUUUAGCAUCGGCAGAAGUGGAAAGGUUGAAGCAGUCUGUUGCUGUUGUUGCAGUGUCCUGUUGUGUAAUAGAAAGUAGGAAGAAAGUUAUGGAAAGCUGGGUUAAAGUUAUGUUCCCAGGAGCUCCUAGAUCCUGA